GAGCGGAAAUGCGCUUCCCGAUCGUCACUUCACUCCUUUCUUAGUUGCUAACCGGCUCAUAUUGCUUUUUUUCAUAAUAAGGAAAGAAAAAUGAAAAGAGAGUAUGAAUGAAAGAGAAUGAUAAAGUUGAUGUAUACGUGCAAUACAACAAUUUUGAUGGAAUUGUGUUCGUUUCUGGCUGUGAACGAAACUCUUUGAAAGUGAAUGUGUAAAUACGGUACUGCUAAUGAUACGACAAUGCUGAGAACGCAAGUCAUUCAUGAAUAUACGCCUUUUCAGUUCCCAAAGCAAGUUCCUGCUUUCGAUCAUGGUAAUUAAUGGAAUAACAUAAAACCACACGAAUGAAAAAUAAAACUAGAUUACCCUCUCUCUAAGGCAAGGAAAGUGAAUGGCAGAAACCAUACAAGAACAGAUCACAUGAGUUUUGGAUAAAUGGAUUACAAGUUUUGUGAUCCCUGUGAAGCUCGCCUUUUAUGCCUAUGGAGAGAACUUCUUGGAAAAUGAUCUUAGAACUUUUCUGAGUGCAUUGAGAGAGAGAAAAGAUUGUUGUUGGGCUUCACUACAGUGUUAAAUAUGGAUUUCAUACUACGUAGAAGAAAUAAGGGCAUGUUGCGGAUGGAGGAAGAACUGCACAACCUCCAACUCCACUCACAAAGAUCCACGCCUCUGGAACCCCAUCCCCGAACCCACCAUGAAGGAGGGGAAGACAGCAGCCCAGACUCUCCUCCUGGUGGGGUUCAGAUCACCUACCGGGACGGACAGAGGGUUAACUGGCUCGAAGGAAUCAUAGGCUGUCUCAGACCUGUGUGGACCAUCAUUGGCAAGGCGGCGAUCAGUGAGAAGCAGCAGCAGACCGACAACUGGGAGAUCCCGUUCGAGGAAGUGUCCAACCUGGAGUGGCUCGGGUCAGGGGCUCAAGGAGCAGUGUUUCGAGGGCGACUCCGAGGGAACUGGGUGGCCAUAAAGAAGGUCAGAGAGCAGAAGGAGACGGACAUCCAGCACUUGCGGAAGCUGAACCACCCUAACAUCGUCCAGUUCAUUGGUGUGUGUACAGCGGCACCGUGUUACUGCAUUGUGAUGGAAUACUGCCCUUACGGUGCCUUAUACAAUCUCCUGAAGGACGGUCGCGACAUCCCCCCAGACAAGGUUGCGAGUUGGGCCAAAGAGAUCGCUUCGGGAAUGAAUUACCUGCACCAACAUAAGAUCAUUCACAGGGAUCUGAAGAGUCCCAAUGUCCUCAUCGGAGCCAACCAAGAAGUGAAAAUCAGCGAUUUUGGAACAUGUCGUGAGUGGAAUGACGUCAGCACCAGGAUGAGCUUUGCGGGAACGCUAGCAUGGAUGGCACCAGAGGUUAUUCGCAAUGAACCUUGCAAUGAGAAAGUGGACAUAUGGUCAUUUGGAGUUGUUCUUUGGGAACUGCUGACUUGUGAGAUUCCGUACCGUGAUGUUGACAACUCGGCUAUCAUCUAUGGGGUUGGAUCUAGCUCUCUCCACCUCCCCAUACCCUCUACCUGCCCUGAUGGAUUCAGACUAAUUGUUCAGAUGUGCUGGAAUACUAAACCACGAAACAGGCCGUCAUUCAAGUAUAUUUUGAUGCAUCUUGACAUCGCAGCAGUUGAAAUUCGCAGCACGCCUCCAGAAACGUAUUUCAAAACACAGAUGUCGUGGAAGGCAGAGAUCCGGCAACAGAUGGCGUCCAUGAACUCCAGAGGGUCACAUAUUCCACGCAUGGAAGAAGACCUUGUCAAACGGCGGCACGAUGAACUGAAACAUGCUCAGGACAUCCGGGAACACUGGGAGCGGAAACUUGUCAUUGCCAAUGAUCUCUACCUUGAACUGUCGGCUGCGAUGUUGCAGCUUGAACAACGGGAAAAAGAACUUCUAAAGUCGACUUCCAGGAGGGAACACGCAAACCAAAUACACAAAGGCAAACGGAGGAUAGUUCGGCCACUGAUCAAGGCCCAGGAACGUCUUCAGGCUCGUAGAGGAGGCCAACUUACAUCCUCCAACCCGACCAGUCCUGAGGCACAGACAAGUUUUGUGUCAACGUCAAAGCUGCCAUCGAAUCGUUCCAAGAAGCCCCUCUACACUGAGAUUGGUACAAACAAUCUCCCGUUGUCCACGACGAGGCCUGCUUCCCUUCAUGUGACCCAGAGCAGCCCCAGGUCCUCCACCAACUCACAAAAUGUGGGAGUGGCUGAGUCAGGUCAUCAGGAGACUGACCUGGGUGGACGUGGUGGCUCGGGUCGAAGGCGACGGCACCAGAGGAACAAGAGUCAUGGGGGGGUCAUUGCAUAUGUCAGUUCAACUAGUCCUAAGCAUAGUCCUGUUGUAGAUAGAAGGGGUUAUAGCCUCAGCCCAAGCCAUGAGAGAGUUCCUAUACUAGUAGACUCAGGAACACAGACUGAUCACAUGGACAUGAGUGAAACUGACACCUCGCCUGUGAAGACCCCUGGGCCCAACAAACCGUCCACACUGCCUCUGCAUAAGGAAGACAGGGACACAAGCGGGGACAAGAAGCCUCCUUGCGGCCACACUGCCCUUGAGACCAGUCCCAAUGGCAACACCAUCCCUGAGCAGAGCCCUUGCUGUGAGCACUGUCCUCGGCAGCAGUACUGGCGGUUAACUUCAACAGACUCCAAUGACUCUAAUAAAAAUUUCCCCAUUGCUGACCCAGUUGUAGCAAGAUUAAGUGAAGGUAGAGAAGAAUAUACAAUUGAGGAGACCCUACAGAUACUCAACAACAAUGAGGAUGAUGUAGACAUUCUCCACCAGCUUGGGGACAAGUGGGAUGCAAUAGAGAGAGUUUUAGCGGAUAAAAAAGCACUGCCAAAUGGAUACAGACGGGUAAAGCAUGGUCCUCUCAUGAGAUUCGACCAUUCCAUUCCGGAAAGCUUCUCAGAGUCGACCCCAAUGGACAUCGGCCAGCCAAAGCUUGAAAGCAUGUCUCAGAGCCAGUCCUCGAACACUACAAAUGAGACAGAGGAAGAGGAGAGAAACUCCAGCAUUGAACAGGACAUCCUGAACCGCAAUUCAGACAUGGUUGCCUCCAGUGAAUUUGAUUCUAGCCAUGACUCAGUCGGUCAUGAGUUAUCAGAGGAAGAGGAGGAUGAGGAGGAAGACGAUGAAGAUGAUGACGAUAAUGAUGAUGGUUCCCUAGAUGGCCAUUACCAAGUCAUCAAACGAAAAUGUUUCAUGCGACGGCCUAUUCCGAGGAGCAAGAACCAUCGGUCUGUCUGUCUGACGAGGUCCACCCAGAGCACACAGAGCUCAGAGGGAGGUGUCUCCGAGGAUGAAGCUGGACCUUCUGUCAGAGCGGGUUACUACUCUCAUCGAUUAGAUGGCCAAUAUCCUUCAAGAUUAAUGAGUGGGGCUGGUCCAUCUCAUGACAGUGACACCUCUGACUCUGAGGAUGAUGGAGAUGCCAUCAGUGUGACUACUGUGGCUCCAGGAGCUCAGCCAGAACCUGCUGCUACCUCUGGGCCUCAGAGCAAUACAAGUAGUGACACGGCAGUAGGAGUAGGAGGCGGACCUGACCUCUUUCAGAAGUCCGGAAAAGACUGCUGAAACCAACAGACAGAAUGAACAAACACUCUUGGGACAGUUACAUUGUUCAGUGCUAAUGGUAAAGGCAGCAGUGGUGUGAUGUCGCUCAGCAAGCAUGGCAAAUCUUAGUGCUUGUAAAGGAGUUUGACAUCACCACAGAAACUUUGGCAUAGGAGAAUUCCUCUCAGUUUGGGAGAAAAAGAAAGAUUACAGAAGAAAAGGAAAUGUAGUUGUAUGAGAAGCAGCAGUGUUUGCACAACCAUGUGUGUGCAUGAUAGAAAAAAAGAAGAGCAUACUCUGAAUAUGCAACCAGUGUAAGAUGCCAUUGAUAAUUCAAGUCUUUAAAAGAAUAAUCUCAUGGAAUAUAGUGGACAUCAUAUGCCUUUUGAUGAAAUUCUUUUUUUUUUGUCAAGAAAAAAAAAAGGGCAGUGUAACUGUACUUAAUGAACUGUAUACAUUCCAAGCAGAGACCUGAACCGCUAUAAGGGAUCAGGACUAACAGAUAUGAAAAUGUUUGUUUAUGUAUUUCUUCCCGUUGCAUGCCAGAAUUUUAAUAUACACACCUGAUAAUCCAGUACUGUGAGGGAUACAUUUCAGUGUUUCCCCCCCUAAACCAUAUAGGGUGUUUGACCUAACCGUAUCUACUCGUAGUCCAGUUUUCAAGUGAAAAGAAGGAACCGGGUUUUUUUUUUUUAAAUUCUUUUUUGAAAACUUAUUUGAAAGGAGCGCACAUACCUCUUUAUUGAGAUAAGGUAAAGAGUCUCAUGAGCGAUCCGCACAGAUCAGUCUAGAUAUAUGAAAUAGAAGAAACUAGUGAAGAUGAAAACAUAGGGGCAAGUUUAUGGAUUGAUUCUGUCGUUUGUUCUGACAGGUUGGAAGGUGUUGUACUGUAGCUCGGCUCUGGUUAUGAAACGGUAUUUCGAUUUUUUUUUUCUUUUUUUCUUUUUUUUUUUUUUUGUUUUAAUAAUAUCUGUAUUAGUAUGAGACUCUGCCAAUACUGUGCUCAAUUGAAUUGUUUGUGUAAGUAGUGUUUAUUGUUUUUUUGUUACAUAAAGUUAUUUUUUUGAAUAAUGGGCAUCUACUCUUCUGCAGUAACUAAACAUUCCAUUGUGUUGAUAUAUGGCAUUUGUACAGUAAUAUAAUUUAAGAUAUUUUUGUUUUUGUAUGCUUUGAUGGUGCAGUCAUGUGUUAAGUUUUGAGAACUAACCAGUUGGUUGUGUUUUUCUUAUUAUAAUUUUUAUUCGUUUUUUUUUAUAUGAUUUUCUAGUCGGGAGUGCAUAAUCUCAAUUUCUGGAACAUCAACUUUUUUAUGUUUGUUAUAAAGAAGAUAUAUAUUCUGAACUUUGUGAACAUUUUUUAUUAUUAUUAGAAAAGGGAAGUGCAAGAAAAAUAUAUGAAAUUCAUGAUUUUGAUAGAAUAUAAUGGAGCUAAAUUUUUACAUCCAAAACAUUCAUCCACACCAAAAACAAAAUCAUAAAUAAAAAGCUCGUAAUUAAGAGAAAAAUAGCAAUUCCGUUAUAAAUUCAGGUGAUGUUCCAGAAUUCAGAUUAAAAAAAAAUUAUAAGAAAUUUUUCUUUCUUUUUAUGACUAUUGAUUAUCAUAAUUUUAUCUAAAGAGCAUAAAGCACACAUAGCCCUUAUUCUUAAGGCUUCUGGGGGAUACAGGUAUACAACUAUUAAGAUAGUGGAUAAAAUUCUUUAGUAUCUGAGGAACUUCCAUUUUCUUUUAAUAUGAUUUUUGUCAUGUCUACUGUCAUAAUAUUUAUUAGAAGUAAUGCAACUGAAUUAGGGAAAGUUCUCAUGGUUUCUUUGAGUGGCAGCUACCAAAAAAAAAA